CUCAGUAAAAUAAUAAUAAUAACAGAAUUACUCUCCAUAUACCCUUGCUGGAAUCCAGCAAACAAAACGGCAUGUAAAAGCCGAUUUUUUAGUUGGCCGUAGUUAUACGACAACACCGUAUAAAGGAAUAGAAACCUGUUUUGUUAGUGUGCCGUAGGCAAAAUCAUUCUCCCGAAGCCUCAGUGUUACUGCGUGUUGUUUUCGAAGGUUAGUGCGAAAGUUACACACACAGCGUCUGCUGACUUGAAGAGACCUGUGAUGUAUUUCUUAUUACGUUCGAGUUGAUUCGCAAGUGAAAAGCAACACACAGUGAGAAAACCAAGUUUUUUAUGUGAGGUUAAGAGUGACAAGCAUUUUUGUGGCGAAAAACUUUCAUAUCAGUCCUUUUUAAGAUCAUUGACAUCUUCCAAUUCUAGACCACGACAACGUAUUACGUAUGACAUAUUCCCAUUUGAACUGUUGAAUUAUAAACAAAAAAACAAGUGGGAGAAUUUAAAUGCACGCAUUGAUAACUUUUAUUUUGAAAAAAUAAAAUGUUCGUCACAUUGUUAAUUUUGCUCUCCGUGUCGAUGAAUGGAUUAUCUGCUGUAUUCAUAGAAGAAGAGCGAACAACGCCCGAUUGGAUAAAAUGUCCUUCUGACAUUGGACCAUCGACGAAAUGCGUGUCAAACUCAAAAUUGGAUUGUUACUGCUUAGUUUCGAAAGAGAUGAUUCGAGAAGAUGCCAGCCAAUAUUGCGCCGACAAUCAAAUGCAUCUCCUUUCAAUUGAGAGCCGAGAGGAAAAUGAAUUUAUUACCAACUUAAUUAGAGAAAAUAAAGACGUAAUACCAAAACAAUUUUGGAUUGGGGGUUACAAUUCGAAUUUGGACCCCGAUAAUUGGGUCUGGCAACGACCUGAUUCGAAUAUUUCUAAGCCUCUUACGUACGAAAACUGGUGUCGUGGGGAGCCAGAUAACGGAUUCGAAAACGAGCACUUUAUGGCUGUCAUAAAUAGGUGUUGGCAUGAUGUACCUGGACAUUUUGAUUGGGCAUCCGUGUGUGAACGUGAAGCGAAUAUCUUUGAUCCGAAUUUAGAUGAACAAUUUUUCUUCACAUUUCCGGGAGAACGCAAAGCAGUCGUACCAUGCCGGCCAGCAACCAACUUCGAUUUAUUCCGAGUAAAUGUUUCUAAACAAAUUAAGAAGCCAUCAAGCGUUUAUCAUCAGAUUAUACUCAACGGGAUAUCAGAAAACAAAAACUAUGAAUAUGAUCCGUUGGAAGGAUUCGUCAUUAAGAACGUGUCGGUGAGUGACAACGGAACGUAUAAAUGCUCAAUUUUCUUAGGAAUGCAAGAAGCCUGGCAGCAUUUUCAUGUCAUUACCACAGUGCUAAACGUAGACCCAAGAUGGGAUCCAUCAGAAGGAACUGACGUAACUUUGACAUGUAACACACAAAAGUUAAAACUGCGAGAUCGGACUGUCGAUCCUGUCGAAUGGUCCGUUGUCUUCGCUAUCAGCAAAGAAGAAACGGUUUUGACACAGACAAAUGCGGCUGUGCUUCCAAUUGGUGUGCAAUUGAAGUUUAAUGAUGGCAUGGAAAAUGGUAUUUCGACAUUGAAGAUUUCCAACGUGUCGAUCGCUAUGUCAGGAACUUACAGAUGUCGAUCCGUGUUCCACGGUUUCAAUAAUUCUGUGCAAUUGACAUCAAAUAAUAUUUCCAUUAAUGUUCUUAGGAAUGUUGUUUGGUCUGAUAAGAUUUCCCGCCAAGAACUGAAAGGAAUACUGACACCUGCCUCAACCAAUGCGGAAAAUGAUCGUGUUAUCCCAGUUGGAUCCGAUCUCCAAAUAUCCUGCUCUUUCGGGACUUCCGGUUAUUUACGUUAUUACCAAUGGCAAUGGGAGCAGUUCGACGACAAUCCUCAGUAUACCUUAGAGAGAAACGAUGGAAUUUGGUCUCGGCUCACCGUGACAAGAAACACAAACUCUGGAGACGGUACGGACAACUUUACUAUGCUCCUGAAGAACGUGGAGCGUUCUGAUCGUGGCCUUUUCACUUGCCUUCUUAACGGAUCGCCUUCAACGAGCAUCAGUCAAUACAUCUAUGUCGACGACCGUCAUCAACCAGCAGAACACGCCAAUUUUGAUCUAGUGAGAAGUUCAUGGAGAAACACAUACAUCAGAACGCACGGUCAACUGGCCGUUAUACCCUGCCGACCAGUUCAUCCCAGCAUAGGAAUGGAUAUUUUAAAGAUAUUGAAAGAAGAAGAAAUUAAACUGAUCAUAUCUAAUGGCACAACAUCUGACGAUAACUACGAGUACAAUCCACAAAAAGGAUUCAUCAUCCAUAGACUUUUGCCGGAACACGAUGAAUUGCGAUCGUCGACGUCUUUUCAGUGCAAGGCAGCUAGUGGAAAAAUUGAAGUGGGCCCGGAGAAGUUUUCCAUUAUGGUUAUUGGAGCGUCUGUUGAAUGUACGAAAGGCUGCUGGAGUACAUCAUCUGAACGAAUCAAUGGAUUACUCAACGCCCGAGUUAACCCAGCUGAGCUACAACAAGGCGAACAUAAAAUAGAGUUGAAUUGCCAUGCAUACCUCAGCAAUAACGAAUCUGCUGUUAUUGAGUGGUUUGUAAUCUCUGAUGGAGGCGAAGUUAAAAUAUCCCAUUCAAAGGCGAAGGCGGGAAUGACAUUAAGUUACUCCUGGAAUAGGAAAAUAAAAGUGCAAACCAGCACACUGACCAUUUCCAACGUGACUGACGAAUCGUUUGGUAUCUACAAGUGUUUCGUAAAGGCUAACAUAGGCAAUUACUUUGAUUCAAUCAACUUGCAGGCGAGUUCUAAGAGUCCAGCAGAUGAUCCUACGGUUACCAAUGUUUCGGUUUCGGUGACGAUCGUCGUGGUAUUUAUAUUUGUUGCCAUUACUAUUUUUCUCGUUUAUUUUCGCAAGAAAUUUACGAAAUUGGAGCAUCUUUUACAUGGAAAUUCUACUCAAUUGAACCCAAAUGAACCGCUGGAUGAACAAACCGAUCUGUUGUCUUAUGAUAAACGGUGGGAGUUUCCUAGAAAUCGCUUAAGAUUAGGAAAGCAACUCGGAGUCGGUUGUUUCGGCCGUGUGGUUCAAGCUGAGGCUGUUGGAAUCAAUGACGGAACGGAAAAUUAUGUCAGCACUGUCGCCGUAAAGAUGGUUCGAUCACGAACCAAUUUAGCCGCCAUAGAAGGACUUGUUUGUGAAUUAAAGAUUUUGAUUCAUUUGGGAGCUCAUGUGAACAUAGUAAAUCUUCUUGGCGCCUGUACAAAAGAAAUUAAUCGGGGUGAACUACUCGUGAUUCUCGAGUAUUGCCCCUUUGGAAAUCUGCGCACUUUCAUAAUCAACCAUCGUGACACGUUCAUCAACCAAGUUAAUGAAAGUGGCGAACUGAUCGCAAGCGACGUGGAAAAUGACGCAGAUGAGGUGGUGACAACACGAAAACUAAUUUGUUGGUCGUUUCAAAUUGCCCGGGGAAUGGACUACCUCGCCAGCAACAAGGUGUUGCACGGUGAUUUGGCGGCCCGCAAUAUUUUGCUGAGCAAUCACAACGUCAUCAAAGUGGCCGAUUUCGGACUGUCCCGCCAACUUUACAGAGAUGAAAACUACAUGAAGAGCAGCCGAGGAUUGCUUCCGCUCAAAUGGAUGGCCAUCGAAUCUCUGACCAGCCAGAUAUGGUCCAGUCGAUCAGAUGUUUGGUCUUACGGUAUCGUAUUGUGGGAGAUGUUUUCACUUGGACAAAUGCCUUAUCAAGGAUACACGGAUGAAUUCCUGUUCCUCCAAGCUUUGAAAAACGGCUACCGAAUGGAGACACCGGAACAUACUCCAAACUUCGUGGCGAAAAUGAUGCAAGAUUGUUGGAUGGUGGAUCCUAAACAGCGACCGACUUUCAGCCAUAUUGAGGAACUACUCGACGGGCCACUCGAGUCCUUGGUCACUUCUUUUUACUUGCAACUUAACGAAGAUUGCCAGCGAUUAAAUAUCGACAAAAGGACAUACGAAAACUUCAGUGUGAAACCUGUUUAUAAACCUAUUAGGAUUAGUCUACUGAAAGGAUUAAUAAGCUUAUAGUCCAUAUCUUGCCUUAAUAAGACGCCUGCCUCUAUAUAGGAAACUCUUACGUUUAGUGUUUGUCUUAAUGCGCGGAAUUCAGACCUUUCGUGAGUAGCCCUGUAUACAAAUACAGAAACUUUCCCAAGAACCUGGAUGUU